UUGCGGCGGCGCGCCGGCCUCGACUUCCUCGCCCGGCCUCGUUCGUGAGAAUUACCCCGUCCGCUUGUCGAGAAAAAAGCUUCAAUGCAGUUGCGUGGUGUAGUCUGUCUCUCGUCAAUAACAUUUCACCCUUUCAGAUCCCCAUAAAGCAGUAACUUCUCUGGCUUUGUGGGGCUGGUGUUGAGCCCCACGUCUGACACUGACAAGUCCUGCUUAGCUUUAAAUUUGAACUGUGGCUUCAUUUCUCUCCCUCAGCCAACUAUGGCCUUGGUGCAUCAGAAGAAGAGGCGGAAAGACCCUGCUCCUUAUUUGGAUGGCGGUGGCCCAGUUGGUGUGGUAAAGUUCAGCGAAGUUGGCAUAUUUUUGGUGGAGAGGAGGAUGGGGUCGAGCAGGCGGUGCUUCCUGACCGAGCUCGCUCGGAAAAAGGGGUUCAGAGUGGAAGAGCAGAUGAGUGAAUCUGUCACUCAUGUUGUGUCUGAGAAUAACACUGGUAAUGAAGUGUUGGAAUUGCUGGAGAAACAGAGUGGAAUUUGCGGAAGCGAAUUCAGAGCAGCCUUGGUAGAUAUCACAUGGUUCACUGAGAGCAUGGGGGCAGGCAAACCCUUGGAAAUGGAAAAUCGCCAUCGCCUUCAGGUAAAGCGAGCUGCUGCUGCUGGCACCAUUGGGGUUCCUGUUUCACCGUACGCCUGUCAAAGAAAAACCACACUGCACAAUAGAAACAGAUUAUUUACGGAUGCAUUGAAGAUACUGGCUGAAAAUGCAGAGUUAUGUGAGAAUGAGGGACGGUACCUGGCAUUCACUAGAGCAUCUUCUAUUCUGAAGUCAUUGCCAUAUAAUGUGGCCAAAAUGGAUGACCUCAAAGGGAUUCCCAGUCUUGGAGAUCAUUCUAGAAAGGAAAUCCUUGAAGAUGGAAUCUGCAGUGAAGUUCAGAAUUUAAUCCAAAAUGAGAGAUAUCAGACACUAAAGCAAUUUACAAGUAUCUUUGGCGUUGGUGUGAAAACAGCUGAUAAGUGGUUCAGAGAGGGGUUGCGAACUCUGGAUGAACUGAGAGCAUCGAAAAUAAAGCUUACAAAAGAACAGAAAGCAGGCCUGCUCUAUUAUGAAGACCUCAUCGUACCAGUUACAAAGGCAGAGGCGGAUUUGAUCAGACAAAUUGUUGAAAGAGCUGUACACAGAUUUUUACCUGCUGCAGUGAUAACAUUAACUGGUGGCUUUCGAAGAGGGAAGGAGUAUGGCCAUGAUGUUGACUUCCUCAUAACUCUCCGUGAAGAAGGCAAGGAAGAGGGCCUUAUUUACCAAGUGAUUAGUUGGAUGGCUGCCCAGGGUAUGAUAUUGUAUGAUGACAUCCUAGAAAGCAGUUGUCAUAAGUUGAAGAACAAGGAGCCUGAGAUAUUUGAUCACUUUGCAAAAUGUUUUUCGAUCUUCAAACUGCAGAAGAUGGUAAAUAAUCUAGAACCUAGCAGACCAUGCAAUCAUGACUCUUUGGCUGUGAAUGAGACUCGAGGAAUUGGACUUGCUGGUCAUGCAGGGACUACUCGGCAUGUAACUGCUGCUGCAGCAAAGGAUAAGGACUGGAAGGCUGUGAGAGUGGAUCUGGUCUUUGCACCCUUUGGCCAGUAUGCUUAUGCCUUAUUAGGAUGGACAGGUUCACAGCUCUUUGAACGAGACCUUCGCAGAUACGCCAAACACUGCAAGCAUAUGAGUUUGACCAGCCAUUCUUUGUUUGAUAGUGCACAGAAUAAAUUUUUGCCAGCUGCUACAGAAGAAGAGAUCUUUGCGCAUCUAGGAUUGGAUUACAUACCACCUCACGAAAGAAAUGCUUGAUGUGCUGGAUUCAAGAUGCAGGAGUAUAGAGAAUAAGCAGUGAGGACACCUUAGGGUAUACCCUCUUGCAAAAUGUCUAUUUAUGUAUCAUUUGAUAUACAACACCAAGUGAAGGCGGGCCAUUCACUGAUUUUUUUUGGUUCUGUACGACUUACAUCUGUAUACGUUGUUGUAGAAUUGGUAAGUUAUCUGUUGAUGGAUUAACUAUUCAUUUGUUUAGCAUCCUGUGAAGUUUCUAUAUGAUGCAUACAUGUGGACAUGUAUAUCAUUGACUCAGCUGUUGCACUUUGUCCUCUGAAUCAGAAGCUUGUGAGUUCAUGUUGCACUUUAGAGACUUGAGCUCAAAAUCUUAACUGAAGCUGAGGAUGCCAGUUUUUCAGAUAGACUUCAAGGUGAAGUCUGACCUGCCCCUUGAGGUGAAUGUAAAAGAUCUCCAAGUGCAGUUCAAAAAAGAGCACGGUUGUUCUUCCUGGUCAACCUUUAUACUAAAUCAACAUCACUGAAUAAAAUAAAUUUAUCUCA